AUGUUUGAAGAAAAUCGAUUAUCGAUUUGUGGUUUCAGCUACCUUUGCCGUACCGAUCCUCGAGAUGUGGCUCGUGUCGAAUCAAAGACCUGGAUGGUCACCAAGGAUAAGUACGACUCUGUUUGUCACACUCCCGAAGGUACUCGACCGAUCAUGGGACAAUGGAUGAGCGAAGAGCAAUUCGGCAAAGAACUCGACGCCAGAUUCCCCGGAUGCAUGGCU